AUGGGUCAAAGAGUCAUGAACCAAAGACUCCUGUUCGAUAGAGACCGUUAUGGAGAGCAAAUGUUGCCGUCCAUUCUUCCUAGAAAGGAGCAAGGGCGUAGGGCUCACAAGUACAGAGCUGGCCUCCGUACGGAGCUUACUGCGUUGUACAGACCUACGGAUUUAAGUCAGUUGGCUGAUAAGGCGGAUGACAGGCCCGACAAAGCUGAGAAGUUCGCGGACCCAACGGUUGUCCAGAUCUGGGGAGAUACAAGUGCGCAGGCAGUCAGUAUUGUACAUCUGGCAGAAACCGAGUUGGGCAGGACAAAUAGCAAAUUUGUGUAUAUGUGGUGCGUAGAUGUGCAUGUACAACAACAACAACAACAUCGGGACACCCUUGGAAAUAGGGUGCCUGCUAAGGGGGAUGAUGGCAGAUCAAUGACUCCAUGUUACCGGCUACUUCUCCCCCGGCAUGUCAUUCAGGUCGACACCUGCUGGCGGGAACUGUUUAUACCUUGA